AUGGCGUCGUCCACGAUCCGCGCGCGCGCGACCGCGGCCGCGGCCGCGAAAGCGAACGCGCCCGCGACGACGACGACGACCGGAGGACUUAAAGGAGAGACUCGAACGCGCCCGGGCUACACCUUCGAAGACGUCGCGAGGCACGACGCCCCGGACGACGCGUGGUGCGUCGUCCACGACGUCGUCUACGACAUCACGCACUGGAUCUCGAAGCACCCGGGCGGGAGCAUCCCGCUCAGGCAGUACGCCGGGCGCGACAUGACGGACGCGUUCAACGCGUAUCACGGACCGAGCGGGAAAGCGGCGCGGACGCUGAGAGCGUACGCGAUCGGCGACCUCGUCGACCCGGCGUCGGUGCUCGACCCGGUCGCGUCCGACGCGUCGUCCGACGACGGCAGCGAGUUCCAGGAGGAGGGCGCGGAGGAGGUCAGCGAGGUCCCCGUCUCGCCGAAGAAGGCGAACGGCGCGAAGGUGCGGGAGGAGAAACAACGGGCGGAUUAUCCCGAUCACGUGGGCGCGUUUCGCGAGCUCGUCGCCGGGCUCGAGGACGAGUUUCACACCGACUACGCGCACUACUUCAAGCUCGCCGCGUUCCUCGUGACGCUCCUCUCCGGCGCGUUCUACUGCGUGCUCGGGUACGAGGGCGAGCACGGCGUCGCGGUGCGCGCGCUCGGCGCGUGCCUCCUCGGGUUGUUUUGGCAGCAGAGCAUGUUCAUCGGCCACGACGCGGGUCACGGCGCCAUCACGCACGACCACCGGAGAGAUUUCCUCGUGGGGCUCGUCGUCGGCAACCUCUGCAACGGCGUCGGCAUCACGUGGUGGACGACGACGCACAACGUGCACCACGUGGCGUGCAACUCGUUGGAGUGCGACCCGGACAUUCAACACAUGCCCAUCAUCGCGGUGACGCCCAAGUACUUCAAAUCGGUUUGGAGCUUGUAUCACAACCGACGGAUGCCGUUCGACGCGGCGGCGCGGUGGCUCGUGUCGAAGCAGCACUACACGUUUUACCCCAUCAUGGCGGUGGCGCGGUUCAACCUGUACGCGCAGUCAAUCAUCCUGUUGUUGACGUCGAAGGAAAUAACGCUCAAGCGGCGGACGUUGGAGCUCGCGGUGAUGGGCGCGUAUUUCGCGUGGCUGGCGGCGCUCGUGUCCGCGGUGCCGUCGGGUUGGGAACGGUUGGGGUUUCUCCUCCUCUCGCACGCGGUGGGCGGCGUCAUCCACGUGCAGAUUUGCCUGUCGCACUUCUCGCGGAAUAUCUUCGAAGGGCGGCCGGAGAACGGGAAGUGGGUGGAGAUGCAGCUCUCUGGGACGAUGGACAUCGACUGCCCGAGGUACAUGGACUGGUUCCACGGCGGGUUGCAGUUCCAGACGGAGCAUCAUCUGGUGCCUCGCAUGCCGCGGCAUAAGCUGCGGCGGUUUCGCGAGGAGACGCUGAGGCCGUGGCUGAAGGCGCACGGGCUGACGAUGGACGCGCCGACGUUCUGGGAGGCGAACAGAGAGGUGUGGUGCACGCUGAGGAACUGCGCGAGAGAGGCGAGGCUCUCGCCGGCGUUCGUGCACGCGGUCAACCUGGAGGGGUGAAUGAUGGCCGCGAUCGGCGUCGAUCGAUGAUUAAUUGGUUGAUUUUGUUUUGUUAUGCUGUACACGUACACUUGCUUAUUAGAGGGAGUUGAGCGCGCGCGAAAAUAUACGUUUAUGUUAUUUUAAUUCUUAAUUAACACAUGACACA